AUGCAAUGCAAUGUUGUUACCAAUUGAAGGAAGUUAUACUAAUGAAAUAAACAUUGUUUAUGAGGAGAAUGGAGUAUAUAUAAAAAUGCGACAUGAUAAAGAAGCUUGAUCCCAUUCAAGAAACGCGAUUCCGUAGAAUCGCGGUGGCGGUGAUGAAGUAAACAACGAUGGCCACUACUCCUUCUUCUUACUUUCGCCACAAAUUCAAAUAACUCUCUCUCUCUCUCUCACCUUCUUCUUCCUCGUGUUUCUCCGAUUUUGCUUUUUCUAGAUCCAUAUUUCAACCUAUAUUCAGUAUCAGAAAUUUAGAAAUUAGAACCGUGCAUUUUGGACCGGUGCAGUUUGUAAGGUGUGGAAACAUGUCAUUCAAAAGCAUAGUGCGUGAGCUCAAGGGGAUAAAAAAUGGUAUAGGUAGCAUAUCAAAGCGGGGUUUUGAAAGCAAGCAUUGGCUCUGUCGUUCAAAGUCACAUGUUGCUCCGGAUGUAACUCCAGUCGAACCUAUUCAACAGGGACAGUGGGCAAAUCUACCACCUGAAUUACUUUUGGAUAUAAUCAGGAGGGUUGAAGAGAGUGAGACAUCUUGGCCUGCUCGUGCUGUUGUUGUUUUUUGUGCUUCGGUAUGUAAAUCAUGGAGGUCUGUCACAAAAGAUAUCAUCAAGACGCCUCAGCAAUGUGGAAGGAUCACAUUUCCUAUUUCAUUGAAGCAGCCUGGUCCCCGUGAUUAUCCGAUACAGUGUUUUAUUAGGAGGAACCGAGAAACUUCUACAUUCGUGCUGUACUUAGGUUUGGUGCCAUCGGAGCAUGAGAGCAAUAAGGUAUUAUUAGCCGCCAGGAAGAUAAGAAGGGCCACAGGCACCGACUUUGUCAUAUCCUUGGCUACAGAUGAUUUUUCUCGAGCCAGUAACAAAUAUGUUGGUAAACUAAGGUCUAAUUUUUGGGGAACCAAGUUUGCUAUAUACGAUUGUCAACCUCCACAUGAUGCUGCAGUUCAACCAAAUCGUCAACCAAGUAGGAGAUCGCAUUCUAAGCAGGUCUCACCAAGAGUUCCAACAUGUAGACAUCUUGUUAGCACAAUUUCCUAUGAGCUGAAUGCUCUCUGGACUAGAGGGCCAAGAAGAGUGCACUGCAUCAUGAACUCUAUACCUAUCUCAGCUAUUCAGGAAGGGGGAAACGCCCCAACUCCAACAUCCUUACCUCAAAUAUUCAGUGAACCUUUUCCUCUCUCACCGGCACUGAAAGAAAAGAGUCCAAUGCCCGAUUCGUACUCUGGCAGCCUAUCAGAGCUACCAGAACUAAGCCAAGGAUCGACUGAUCCCUUGAUACUCAAAAACAAGUCUCCGAGAUGGCAUGAACAGCUCCAGUGUUGGUGCCUAAACUUCAUGGGUCGUGUUACAGUUGCAUCUGUAAAGAACUUUCAACUUGUAGCUUCUGUUGAUUCGUCUCAUAAUGUUUCACCUGUGGAGCAAGAAAGGGUAAUCUUGCAGUUUGGAAAGAUUGGGAAAGAUAUAUUCACAAUGGACUACUCAUACCCACUCUCUGCCUUCCAAGCCUUUGCCAUCUGCUUAACAAGCUUUGAUACUAAACCCGCCUGUGAAUGAAAACCAUGUUACUACAUUGGUGAUCAUCAUCUGCUGAUCUGUAACAUACAAAAAUGCUAGGUGCAGCCGCACUGUUCAUCAACCACCGUAGCAUGCAGGUGAAAAUCUCAGCUAUGCAAUCAUCAGUAUUCUCCCUCUGUAUAAUUUGUACUGAUUCUGGAAUAUAUUCUGUAUGUUGUGUCAUAGUCCUUCUACUAAAAUUUAAUUAUGUUUAGUCACUUUCAUAAUACUCCAUCCGGUCCUUAAUAUAAGAAAAAAUUAACUUUUUAGAUACAUGGAAUGAUUGAUGUAUUUGGACGAAAAAAUAGACCAAAUACAUUCAAAAUUCUAUGAAUCUAGAAAGCAAACUCUCUCUUAUAUUAAGGACUAGAAGGAGUAAUAUAUAGUACAUAUUUGCUUUGUAGCUGAUGAAGCUUUCGAUCAAGCUUAAAUACUGAAAUUGUUGUAAGUUAUUAAUGUUUAUUGUUGAUGAUGUUAAUGUUAUACAAUUUUUUUAGAAAGAGCUUUAUAUAAUUACUACUUGCUCAA